AUGCUCGUGCUCCGUCUUGCUCUUCUUUCUCUCGUCUUGAGCGCCGGCCCAGCGCUGGCCAAGAAUUCGAACUUAACGGCCUGCCUGGCGCGGGUCCAAAGCGGUGCACUCUCAUUGCCUCUCAAUAGCACGCUCGAUAGCAAGGGGCGGCCUACGAAUGCAUCUGUCGCCGCAGCGAUCCCAUACGGCGUAUGUGUCAAGGAGUGCGGCCCAUACCCAUCGAAGUUCGAAUGGACUACCUUCAGUACCAACUUCAGUACCUGGCUACUUCCGUGGCUCGCCUUGAUAUCGCAGCUGCCCUUCGGCUCCCAGCACAGACAGCAGAACGUCGUAUCUGUCUUCUUGACGCUCGGGUCACCAGCGCUAGCAGCCUACUCGCUUAUCCUCUGCGUGUUGAAUUGGUCAUGGGUCCCGCGCGCUUUUGAGGGGAUCAACUAUCCGAAUGUCAAGGAUGCGUGGCGUGUGCUCGGAAGCCUGCAACACUCCCCGUUGCACGUCGAUCAGACUCAUGGCUUGCUCGCUGGCCUCGUCGCCUUACCUGAGAACGAUCAGUGGUGGCACGCCAUGGACGAAGGGCUGAAUUACGAGGACACGUGGACGACCGCCAUCGUCUUACAGAUCGCCUGGGUUGUGGUAGCCUUUGUCUUCACGAUAGUCGGCUCGUUUCAGGACGGAAUCGCCGACGAUUUCCAGACCAGUGGAAGGGGAACGGGUACCUUGUUCCUUUGGCUACUACCGUUGGUCAUAGGGUGGCAGCGUCUUUCGCCUCGUUGCGACUAUGUGCGCGUUCGCGAUGUCCUGCAGCGCGCAAACGCCGAGGUAUACGCGGCGGCUCAGGCAGGUGCAACUCCAACACUCCGUUCGAUGGCGUCGAGCUUGUCGUCGCUUUUCUCCUCGCCUCGUUCGACGUUCAAAGAGCCGGCUCAGCUUUCCCACCCCCGUCAGCCAGGAAGUGCACCACUGUUGUCUCCGAAGAAGUGCAUCAACCAGAAGUUCCCUUUCCGCCUGAAAGAGUGCGAAGGAGAUCAGGGUGCAAGUGCGCCCAUCUACAGCUACUCGCGCCUUGUUCCAUGGUCGGAGAACGUCGAGCUGGUCGCCGGAGCGUUCCGCGCCGCUGCUCGCGUUGCAGCGGCUCAUGAUUUUGAUGCAUUUGCAGACGAAGACGCCCGGCGGCACUCUGUGCCGAUGGUCGACGACCUCAUUCGGCGUUGUGUGCGGCCGAUCGAUUGGCGAGCGGUUCUACGUCGCUGCAUCAUGGCCGGUGUACUCGCUAUGGUCCUCCAUUGGGGAGCGAUUGGUAGCGCCAUCGUAUACUCCUUCAAUACACCAACUACCGGUCUCGGAUGUCGUAGUGGCUCUUUCCUCAUCUAUGCAUCUCUCGGAACACUUGUCUGGAUCAUCAUGGUCAUAUCGUCUCUCUUGACCUACUAUGCGUCGGAAGCGGAACGGGAGAAGGAGAUGCGCGAAUCGCCACACGCCGCUGCUCCACCGACUCGCAGGUUCUCCCCGCAGACCCUUCGAUCCUUGUCAACGAUGAUGCGACACAGCGCCAAACUGUUGGCCACAUUUAACGCCACUUUCAUUGUCGCCGCUUGCAUCUUCUUGUUCUCGAACCUGUUCACCAAUUGCUGGUGCGAUGCAAGCAUCAUCUCUCGGGGCGCGAAUGCCUUCACCACUAUCGCCCUACAGCCGGACGACGAGUCGUUAGGGCAGUUGAACGUCGCUUGGGGUAUUGCUAUUGCUCUGUCUCUUGGAUCCGCUGCUAUCUUCAUCGCUUUCGUCUAUAUGCACGUCAACCCGGCUGACCCCGACCCCUUCUUCUUACAACAUGAGGACGCCAUGGAGUCCUUCGGCGGCAGUCCUGACUUGUUCUAUGACCGGCAGCCCACCAUUGAAGUCAAGCUCCCAUCACGCGGGCAUGAGUCGGAUGCAUACGAUACAGAUGCUAUGCCCUCGGGCAUGUUGUCCGACGCACUGUCGCGAUAUUCCGGAUCUGCGCGUUCCCCGCAUCAUAGGAAGAGGUCCUCAUUUUCGUUGUGA